AUGUCUUAUAUGCUAGCACAUUUACACAACGGCUGGCAAGUUGAUCAAGCUAUUCUUUCUGAAGAAGAUAGAGUUGUGGUAAUCAGAUUUGGACAUGAUUGGGAUCCGUCUUGUAUGAAAAUGGAUGAAGUCCUUUAUAGUAUAGCAGAAAAAGUGAAGAAUUUUGCUGUUAUUUAUCUUGUAGAUAUCACUGAAGUCCCUGAUUUCAAUAAAAUGUAUGAAUUGUAUGAUCCAUGUACAGUGAUGUUCUUCUUCAGGAACAAGCAUAUUAUGAUUGAUUUGGGUACAGGUAAUAAUAACAAGAUUAACUGGCCACUGGAGGACAAGCAAGAGAUGAUUGAUAUUGUGGAAACUGUGUACAGAGGUGCAAGAAAAGGGCGAGGUUUAGUAGUAUCACCUAAAGAUUAUUCUACUAAAUACAGAUAUUGA